GAGAGGAGAGGAGGGAGGGAGGGGGCAGGACUGUGUCCUUCCAGCAGUCUCAGGACCUGUGGACUUCUUUCUCCCCGCACAUGUGUACCCACCGGCAUAAUCGCUGACUUUCAGCUUUGCGCCCGCCCGACAUGUUCCCUGGCUCAGCCCACAUCAAUGACACCCUUGUUUCCAUAGUAACCAGGGGAGAGUGAAGGGGAAAGGGUGUGUUGCACUGGGCUCGGGGAUCCAGCCAGGAGGAGCUGCACAGGGAAGGUCAGUAGGAGGGGAAGGGAGUUUUUCUCACAACUGGUCUGAGCACACAUCCUGGGGCCCCCGUCCCGGGCCUUGGUGCCCCCCAGCCCUCUCCCCCGCACAUUCAGAUGCAGAGGUGCACAGAGCAAGUCUCACCCAGACACACUAGGGGCGGGAGGAUGGGAGACCGGGUAUCCCCUUUCUAGUUUCAAAUUCUAUCUUCUGGUCAUGGCCCCGGGGGUGGGAGUGGGGCUGGGGAGAGGAAAGGGGACUUUAGGAGUAUUUUGUUUUUACAAAUGGGAGCUUUUAAAGUCUGCGUUUUUCAGGCAUCUCUCAUCUACCCCAUGAGCCCCCAGGAGGGUCCAGCAGGGUUCAAAGGGAAGAUGAAAGCUUGUGACAUCUACCAUGUCACUCUGUCUUUAGCUGAAAAGCAAAUGUGAAGGUUCACAGAGGCUGUUAUCAGAGGAGGGGAGUGGCUUCUGCCUGCUGGCCCAGGCCUGGGGAGGACUCUUGCAAAGAGUUCCCUAAGUUGGUGGCAAAAGAACCAAAGUAUUUUACAGACUAUCCACUGCCAACGUUCCUAUCACAUUGUUCCAAAAUCACAGACCUCAAAGCAGGCCGCUGCCCUUCAGCUCGCAUCCCUGGUGCCCUAUUUGGAGGGAAAACCCAUUUUCAAGCCCUAGAGCCACAUUUCCAGCUGGAUGGCAGGGGGAUUUUGGUUUCUUGCGAUUCUGUUUUCCUUUGUUCAAAGUGGGAGAGGCCCUGGGGGAGACAAGGAAGCCAGAGGAGGAGGUAGCAGGAAGCAGGUAGCUCAGUGGUUUGGAAAACCCUCACCUCCUUUUGUUUUACAAGCCCUUACAGGUCUGCCCACAGCACCCCCGGCGCAGCUUUUCAUGUUGGCAGGAAUGACUUCCAGCCCAGCACGCCGUUGAGGCUGCACAGGCUUCAGCUUCACCUGCACAACUUUGUCCAGAAAAGCUGGGCACAGACGGCCGGGGCUGGAGUGGCCCCCCCCUCUGCUCACAGGCCUGACUUCCCUCCGGACGGAAUGCAGCCCUGGCUCAGUUGGUGAUGGUAAAAAUCACUGACCAGCACCAGCAAACACUGUCUGUGCUUCCAAAACCAUGGGGAGAGCAAGGGACAGUACACAGUUCUGUGUGCGAAGCAAGAUGGAGCCUGACCUGUCUGGUUUUAACAUCGAUGCCCCCCGUUGGGACCAGUCCACUUUCCUGGGGCGGGUGAAGCACUUCUUCAAUAUCACGGACCCUUGCACUGUUUUGGUACCAGAGGGGGAGCUGGAUUGGGCCAAGAUGAUGGUGGAGAAAAGCAGGAUGGGGGUCGUGCCCCCAGGGACUCAAGUGGAGCAGCUGCUGUAUGCCAAAAAGCUCUAUGACUCUGCCUUCCACCCUGACACCGGGGAGAAGAUGAAUGUCAUUGGACGGAUGUCCUUCCAGGUUCCCGGCGGCAUGAUCAUCACAGGCUUCAUGCUCCAGUUCUACAGGACGACGCCAGCGAUCAUCUUCUGGCAAUGGGUGAACCAGUCCUUCAAUGCCUUAGUCAACUACACCAACAGGAAUGCGGCUUCCCCCACAUCAGUCAGGCAGAUGGCCCUUUCCUACCUCACAGCCACAACUACUGCGGUGACCACUGCUGUGAGCAUGAACAUGUUGACAAAGAAAGCUCCACCCUUGGUGGCCCGCUGGGUGCCCUUUGCUGCUGUAGCUGCUGCUAACUGUGUCAAUAUCCCAAUGAUGCGACAGCAGGAACUCAUCCAAGGCAUCUCCGUGAAGGACAAAAAUCAUAAUGAGCUUGGUCAUUCCCGGAGAGCUGCGGCCAUAGGCAUCACCCAAGUGGUUAUUUCUCGGAUCACCAUGGCAGCCCCUGGCAUGAUCUUAUUGCCAAUCGUCAUGGAAAGGCUGGAGAAACUGCCCUUCAUGCAGAAAGUCAAGGUCCUGCAUGCGCCGUUGCAGGUUAUGCUGUGUGGGUGCUUCCUCAUCUUCAUGGUGCCAGUGGCAUGUGGGCUCUUCCCACAGAUAUGUGAACUGCCAGUUUCCUACCUGGAACAGGAGCUCCAAGACACCAUCAAGGCCAAGUAUGGAGAACUUGUGCCUUCUGUCUACUUCAAUAAGGGUCUCUAAAUGUCCCGCCUCAGCAAGGACCAGUCUGUACCAAUAUUCACCAGCUCCUCCUUAGCUGCCUGUGCCCUCAUUCCUCUUUGCCAACAGGGCCUAAGGUUCCGGUGUACUUGGGGGUGUAUGAGGCAGCAGAAUUCCUCAUGCUUCUACCC